UCAUGAGAUUUGCAAUAAUUUUUCAUUGUCAAAAAAUCAAAACCAUUAUAUUUUUCUGGUUUAUUAUUUAGUGUCACAAUUAAAACCUAAUUGAAACAAAAAAAAAAAAAAAAAAAAGUGGAGCUGGGUUCGACGGAACCCAGCAAACUGGGUUCCACCGAACCUAGUAGACAUAGAGGAAGAAGAGGAAGAAAGAAAAAGAAAAAAAAGAAAGGAAGAAGAUGAUCAAAAGAGGGGAAGAAGAUGGAUCAAGAAAAGGAGACGGGUAAAUUUGCUGGAGGAGAGACUGUAUCCUCAUCAGGCAAGCGAGCUCCACUCAUUCAGCAAGAAGAUUUCUCCCCUUUCAACCAACCCAACCACAAUCCUUGUUCUUUCUCGGCAAGACCCAACCUAGCCACCUACCAGUGUCCCAUUCUAGCAGACUCAAGCACGUCGCAAGCCCUCAGAAUUUUCGACCCCCUAGUCCACCUGCCACAGACCACCAGAAGCUUUGCACCCUUUAGUCUGCCCGUGAGAAACCAACAAAAGCCUCGUGCCCCUAGUUCGCUCACCACAAACCACCAAAAGCCUUGUGCUCCUGGUCCGUCCACUGCUUCGCAGCAAACUCUAGCAGACUGCCUCCCUUUACCAAACAGCAGUCUUAGUAAAGUGAAGGGAAGGGAAGGGAAGGAGGAUAAUGAUUAAUGUUAAUUUUAUUUAAAUAGAAAAAGUGAAAGA